AUGGAGGAUAUUUAAUUGAUUAUACGAAGAAUAAAACGUUCAAGUGAGCCUCGUUUGAAUCUUUCUGGAAAAUCUAUGAUCAGUAUACCACCUGAAAUCUAUUAAUUGAAAUUAACUCAUCUAGAUCUAAGUCAUAAUAAGAUUACUUCAAUUGAAUCUAAAAUUGCAGGAUUAACGAAUUUAGAAGAGAUUGAUUUAAGCAAUAAUUGUAUUGAAGAAGUGCCAGAAGAAUUAUUGAACAUGUCUAGUUUAUAAAGUUUGAAUUUAAGCAAUAAUCCAUUAUUACCUAAAUUCUAAACAUUGUAAGGUCAUUUUCAUUAACCUUAAUUGAAUUAAAUUCUUUAAAAGGUAUUUCAAAUAAGUCCAGGAUCAAAUCAAUAGCCAAAGUAGGAAAAGUAGCCAAAUAUAAUUGAAAGACCUAAAACAUAAAAUCGAGCCAUGAGAUAAAUAUCUGAAUUACAACAUACUAAUCAUGUGUUAGAGAUAGAUUCAAAUGAAUUUGAAGUGCAUGAAAUCAUAUCAUAAGGAGGCUUUUCAAUUGUACAUAGAGGAUAUUUAAGAGGUACAGAAGUAAGUCUUAAUGUGAAUUAUAGAUUGCCAUAAAAAAAAUAUUCAACCCAAAUAUAACAUAAUAAUUAUUGGAUGAAAUAAAUAAUGAGAUUGAAAUGUUAUCAUUACUUAGACAUCCUAAUAUAGUAUUAUUAAUGGCUUGUUGUACAAAACCACCAAAUUUAGUAAUUGCCACAGAAUAUGUUUAAGGUGGGAGCUUAUAUCAUUUAUUACAUAAAACAAAGUAUUUAGAUUUGAUAUAUAUAGUCAUCAAAUAAAUGAGCAAUUUAAAUAUUCUAUUGCUAUAUAAGUAGCCAGAGUACUUCUAUAUAUGCAUUAAGCAGGAGUAGUACAUAGAGAUAUAAAAUCACAUAAUGUUCUUUUGUAAGGAUAAACAAUUAAAUUAUGUGAUUUUGGUUUGACAAAGAGAAGUGUAAUAAUAUAAUAUAGAUAUGAUUAGUCUGAAUUGAAUUAGGGAUAUUAGUAAUUUAGUGGAACACCUACAUAUAUGGCACCUGAACUAUUUGCAAAGAGGGUUUAAGAUAAUAAAUAUUAAUUUAUAGGCAUAUGAUAAGAGUGUAGAUUUGUUUGCAUAUGGUACUUUGUUGUGGGAGAUAUUUGCAAGAGAGAUUCCUUGGGAUUGUUUGGAAAUGUAAGAAAUUGUUCAGAAAGCAAUGAAAAAUGAAUAAUUGCCACCUAGGAAUGUUCCAAAGAAUAUCUUACAAUUAGUGAAUGAUUUGAGAAGUAAGGAUGAGACAAAGAGACCAUCAAUGGAUAUAGUUAUUAAAUAGUUAAUGAAUAGAUGA